CCAUCACACUCGCCACGGGGAUCGUUCAUGAAACUUAGACAGUUAUUCAUUAUCAGUUUAUAUCUGUUUACUCAAAGUGGUAGAAAUCAGAGUCUUUAACAAUUUUUAUUUUGCCAAUAGUUCAGAAAAAAAAAUUCUCCCCGUGAAUAUGGUAGAACCAUCAUCAGCUAGUGAUGAAAAAGAGAUCAAUAAGAAAAACGAGAGAGCAGAACUCAGACUACAUGAAACUGCGUAUUUUGACAGCGAUGAUGACGACAAGUUGACACUCGAGGAUUUGGCACCCGACGGGGGCUGGGGGUGGAUGGUGGCUCUAGCAAUGAUUCUCGUUCUCGUAACGAUUUUCGGCGCAACUCCUUGUUUUGCAAUUAUAUUUGGAGAGUUUUUCGAGGCGACUGGACAAGGUGGCUCGAUGAUGACACUUCUGAAUUCAGUCUUCAUGAUUAGUUAUUCUUUAUCAGGGCUCUUGACGAAUGUUUUGCUGAAGAAAUACUCGAUGAGAGGUGUUGGGGUAGCUGGCGCUGUAUUGUUCUCCGUACCCAAUGUCAUGUUGGCAUUUGUCACUCAUGUUUAUGAAAUGGCUAUCAUUUCUUUCAUCCAAGGAGCUGGCGCUGGAUUUGUCUACACAAUCCUCAAUGCCAAUUUUUACGCGUAUUUUGUCAAAAAGAGGGCCAUUGUAAUGAGCGCUGCGCAAGUGAUUGUUGGUAUCGGAUCGAUUGUAUAUCCAAUUUGGAUCGCACAAAUGAUGGAAACGUACGGAUUUCGAGGAACUGCUGCUCUUGUUGGCGCGAUGAGUCUUAAUGGAAUCAUGGGGAUGAUGUUGAUGCAUCCUGUUCAGUGGCACUUGCGGGAUCCUGAAGAGGUGCGCGAGGAGAGGCGAAAAAUGAGAGCGGAAAAAUUGUCCCAGGAUUCAGGUCUCAGUGACAUGUUCAAUCAUGUAGGUGUGAAGGAUCGGAGAUUUACACUUGGGGAUAUCAACUUGAGUUUAGAAACUGGUCGAUGGAACAGUUUAGAGAAUUUCAGGUGCAAGAAAUCGGGGCUAGUUCAUUCAUCGAUCCUAAUCGAAUCUCAAAAGGAACAGGCAGAGAGAACAUACUCCGCUGGAGACGGUGGACUGUUCCGUCCAAGAUCGAAAUCUGGUUCAGGCAGACCGAAGCUUCCACUUCAGCAAACAUUCUCAAUAACUUCGGCUUCCAGCAUUGGAAGCAUUGCAGGUGCUCUAGUAGGAGCUCAACAGCGUAUGGAAUAUUUACCAAAGCACGUAAACGGCCACGAUGGAAAGACGGAGCAAAAACUGGAGGAGCAAAAGGAUUUGAUUACAAAGGAGACGAGUCUGGAUAAAAUGAAAAACGAUGAAUUUUCGACGAUGAAAAUUCUGUCAGAUCUGCUUGAGCUGUCACUCCUGAAAGACCGACAAUUCAUGAUUAUGAGUUUGGGCAUGAGUUUUGUAUUCGUAAGUGAUUACACAUUCUCCUCGUUACUCACUCUGGCUAUGUUGGAGAGUGGAUACACUACCAAUGACACAUCUAUGACGAUUACCGUAGGAGCCACUGCUGAACUAGUAUCUAGGAUAUUUCUAGUUGUAUUCACUUUAUUCGUGAAGGCUCGAGCUAAGACGCUAUUUUUCUUUGCAACUAUCGCUAUGGCUGGGGUCAAAAUUGCAUUUUUCUACCUCGAAAGUUCCCUAACUGGGAUAAUGGUAUCAUCCGUAUUGAUAGGAAUUGUCCGAUCAUGGCUGAGUGUUCCACAGCCCUUAGUAGUCGUCGAGAAUCAUCCUGUGGAAAAAUAUGCCGCAUGUUACGGUAUAUACUCGUUAGUCAGUGGAUUCAUUAUCAUUACUGCUGGUCCUUUCCUGGGUCUAGUCAAAGACGUGACAGGUAGCUUCAAAGUAUGCCAGCUGUUCUUGAUCGCCACGAAUUGUCUCCUCAUUCUCCCCUGGGGGUUAGAGAUGGUGAGGAAAUUUUGGAAGAGGAAAUCGACACCGGAAAAAUAAACGAAUGACUUGCAGUAGUAUUGACGUACAAUAAUAAGUGUAUUUAUUAAAUAAAAUCGUA